AACUUCUCCCUGACGGGCGCCAUGCGGCCUGGGCCUGCGCUCCUCCUCCUCCUCCUCCUGGGCCUGGGCCUGGGCCUGGGCCUGGGCCUGCGCCGCCUCCUGCCGCCGCCGCCGGCUCCUCGCGGGGCCCCGGCCGCCGUUCCCGGGGCGCCCGGCGGCCUCCUGAGGGGUGUCCCCGGCCUCGGAGUGCGCGUAGGUCGCGCCCGCCUCCGUCUGCGGCUCCGCGCGGUGCGGGCGGGCGGCGUGGUCCUGAGCGGCGGCGGCGGUCUCUGCUUCCCCCGCGGCGGGGCCCGACGGCGCUGGUACUGCCUCGACCUGCGCGUCCUGCUCAGCGCCCAGCGCCCGCCCCGGCCCGCAGCGCCCACGCCCGUCGACCUGCAGCUCUCCGCGCGCCGCGGCCGCCUCUCCCUAACGUGGUCCGCGCCGCUGCCGCGCCCGCCCGGGUGCCCGGCCUGGACCUUCCUCCUGCGGCUGCUGGGACCCGGCCCCGCCCCCCGGGCCGCCCCCGCCACCCGCGUCUCCCCGCGCUCUGCGGCGCCCGGCCCACGGGCCCAGCCGGGCUUCGUGGCCCGCACCGAGUGCCCCACAGACGGCCCCGCGCGCGUGGUGUGGCAGGCCGUCAACUCGUCCCGCCACAGAGCCGUCGAGUCGUCCGUGUCCUGCCAGAUAGACGCCUGCGUCAUCCAGAGCGUGAGGAUCAACACGGACCGGAGGGGCGCCCCGGUGCGCCUGAGCAGGACGGCGGAGACCACCCUCAACGCCUCGGUCCAGCUAGAUUGCCCGGGCGCUCUCGCCAUCUCCCAGUACUGGCAGGUGUUCUCCGUGCCCGCCGUGGGCCACGUGCCCGACUGGACGCAGCCCUUGGACUUGCCCCAGCUGGAAAUCAGGAGGAGCCCCUUGUUUAUUCACAUUCCCAGCCAUUCAUUAUACUGGGGGGUGUAUGUGUUUAAUUUCACGGUGUCCAUCGUCACAGGGAACCCCAAGAUGUCCAAGGUGAAAGACUCAGACGCCGUCUAUGUCUGGAUCACCAGGAGUCCCCUGCAGGCAGUGAUGCGUGGGGAGGCCCACAUUACAGCUAAUUUCCCAGAGCGGCUGAUUCUGGAUGGGUCCACGUCCUCAGACCCAGAUGCAGACAGCCCGUUACAGGGACUCCAGUUCUUGUGGUACUGUACCACAGAUCCCAGAAACUACCGUGGGGAUCAAAUAAUCCUGGGGAGUAAGGACGUCUGUCACCCCGAGCAGGCCAAUCUGAAGUGGCCCUGGGCCUCUGGCCCUGUACUGACACUUCCACCAGAAACACUGAAAGGCGACCAGGUGUAUUUCUUCAGAAUGGUGAUUCGGAAGGAUUCGAGGACAGCGUUUUCUGAUAAAAGGGUCCACGUGCUCCAAGGCCCAGAGGCCAUAGCACACCUCACAUGUAUGGAAAACUGUGAGAGGACGUUAGCUGUCUCCGACAGGUUUGCUUUGUUCCUGAACUGCACGAACUGUGCGAGCCGUGAUGUCUACAGAUGGUCACUUUUGUCUUCUUCAGGUGGUGAGAUGCUAUUUGACUGGAGGGGGGAAACUGUAACAGGAAGGCAUGGUGCUUAUCUGUCCGUAAAAGCUUUUGCUUUUCGGUAUUUUUUGGAAGCUGAGUUUUGGAUUUCUCUCCAUCUGGCAAGUUGGACUGGAACGACCUCGGUCUUCAGGCAUUCUUUUAUUAUUAACCACGGCCCUCAAAUCGGAGAAUGCAAAAUUAAUCCAGCUAAAGGAAUCGCACUUAUGACUAAAUUUGUUGUCCAGUGUAGUAAUUUUAGGGAUAAGCACAUGCCUCUUACAUAUAAAAUAAUUGUUUCUGAUGUGCACGGUGCUGGUGAAAUCAGUUCAGUAAAAGAGAACACCCUGGGGACCAUCUUGUACUUGGGGCCUCAGUCCACAGCACCCCCUUCCUUUCUCCCUGUUGGUAUGUUGGCCAAUCAAUAUGCCUUGAAGAUAUAUGCCCAGGUCUACGACGCUCUAGGAGCUUUUUCUCAGGUGACUUUGUAUGCUACUGUACAAGCUCCCACCAACAAAAAUUCAUCAAAAACUGUGUUGAAUCAGUUACUCAGUUUCACCAUGGGACCGAGUUCCUUGCUGUCUACUUUGAUUCAAAAGCAGGAUUUUUUACCCGCAGGUUACUUAAUGUACGUAGUCGCUUCCGUUUUGAAUAACAUGAGAACGGAAUUCUCGCUUCAAGAUGACAGAGUCAGUCUCCGAGAACACCUCGUUGAACAGUCUUUCCUUCUUCCUGCGAGCACUUUGGUGGAAAUUGGCCAGGUGGUCAUGGCUGUCACCAAAUUAACCCAGAAACCCUCUGAAUUCACUUGGGAUGCUCAGAAACGUGUCACCAUGAGGACAUGGCAGGCAAAUCAUGCCUUGCAAGAGUAUCAACAAAAAGAUCAACACUUUCGAUCUGAACAAAUAGAAAUUGUGAGCACUGGAAUAUUAAUGACUAUGUCCAAUAUUCUUAAUCUGACUUCUUCUAACCAAGCGAUGAAAGAUCCUUUCUGUGUAUUAGAAUCUCUGUCAGACACAAUACUGGCUAAUAAGGUGCCAGGCAACGAAACCACCUCAAUGAGAACCCCCAAUUUCAACAUGUAUGUCAAGAAAGUUGAAAAAUGGGAUGUUACCCAGGUCUUCAGAGAUGAGAAGCACUGCAGAAAUUGUUUUUACCCAACACUCAAUGCAAGCAGUGUUCCCGGUCUUUCUGCAAAUGCUCCCAUUUCCACCAUGUUUUGUGAUUUCACAAAUGAUCCCUUUCCUUGGUUAAAUGAUCAGGAAAACACUUCGUUCGUGAUAUCUGGAUUCAGAAUGACAGGAGUUGCAGAUAACGGCAGCGUGCUAGAGAUCACACCUGAUGUAGCGGAAGUGUUCCUUGUCAGGAAAAACGUGGCCUUUGCAGCUUUUGAUCUCACAGUGGGGCCCGACAGAGAGGUUGAUGGGUCCUCGAAGACGACAGGUGGGUUUAGCUUUCAAGUGGACAGCAGAGUGCCUAGGGAGGUGCUGGUCCACAUCGUGACAGAAGUGACGGUGCCGUUCACGGUGUUGGUGUACACAGGCAGUCAGGUCACUCCCACAGCGCUGGUCGCCACCUUCCUCGUGCCUCACGACAUCCCUCCGGUUGCCAGCCAAAGUGCCCUGUUUGACCCGGCCUGCAAAGUGAAGAAGGCUCGCGUGGUGUGCCUCCCCCUGUCCCUGCUGCAACUCAUAGCCCAGCACAGCCAUUCGCCCUUCUGUGCUGUAUCCAUAGUACUGCAGGCACCUCGUUUUGUCAUGAAGCCCAGUGACAAGCUCGUGAGAAUUUCUCUCUUCAGCGUCCAGUGUCUCGACAUGUAUGGGAUCCAGAGUGAGUGGAGAGAGGGUUACUGCAUUCUUGGUGAGAAGACCAGCUGGCAUGAGGUGCACUGUGUCUGCAAGAACUUAGUGAGGGCCAGGCGGCAGCUGGGCACACUUGGACUCGCCAGCAUUCACCUGCAUACCCACUAUGUGAUGGCCAAGGUGCUUGUGAUCCCUAAUCCUGUGGAUCUACGGUUAAACAUCAUUGAGACCCUUUACCAAAACCCGGUGACCCUCCUCACUGUGCUUUUCGUUAUUCUCCUAUACAUGAUCCUAGCUUUCUGGACCUUGUACAGGGAUGAAAUGGACCAGUUUCUUCGCGGGCAUGUGAUAGUUCUACCCGAUAAUGAUCCUUAUGAUAAUUUAUGCUACUUGGUGACUGUUUUUACAGGAAGUCGUGGGGGUUCUGGGACCAGGGCCAAUGUCUUUGUGCAGCUCAGAGGCACGGUGAGUACCAGUGAUGUGCAUUGUUUAAGCCAUCCCCAUUUUACAGCUCUCCACAGAGGCAGCAUUAGCACUUUCCUCCUAACGACAAAAGGUGACUUGGGGGACAUCCACUCCAUCCGUGUGUGGCACAACAACGAGGGCCAUUCGCCUAGCUGGUAUUUAAGUAGAAUCAAAGUGGAAAAUCUGUUUAGUAGGCAUGUUUGGCUGUUCAUAUGCCAGAAAUGGCUUUCUAUUGAUACCACUUUGGACAGAACAUUUCAAGUUACCCAUCCAGACGAGCCUCUGACCAGAAAAGACUUUUUCUUUAUAGAUGUGAGCAGUAAGCUCCAGAAAAACCACAUGUGGUUCUCUGUUUUUGCUGGUGGUGUUGCUAAAACAUUCAGCAGGCUCCAGAGACUGUCCUGUUGCUUAGCAACGUUGCUAAGCUCUCUUCUUUGCAAUAUUAUGUUCUUUAAUCUAAACAAACAACAGACUGAGUCAAGAGAAAGGAAGUACAUCAGAUCGAUGAUGAUAGGAAUCGAAAGUGUCUUCAUUACAAUCCCUGUGCAGUUAUUAAUAACUUUUUUGUUCACCUGUUCCCAGAGGAAACCUCACGCAGAUCUAAAGGAGGCAUCUCCUCAAAAGCUUCCUCUAAUGGCAGAAGGAAGUGGACACUGGGAAGAGUCCUUGAGAACGUGGCAUGCUAAUGAAACUGCUAAGGAGCUUCCUAGGGAGGCUGCAAAAGGAACCCCCGAACCCAGGCUCCUUAAGGCUGCUCCUAAAGCCACCCCCGAACCCAAGCACAGGCAUAGGAAAGCACAAAUCAAGACCCCAGAGACCCACAGGCCAAAUACAAAUUCCAAUAACAACGAAGAUGAUCCGAAUGUCCCUUCCGAAGAGCACUCUUCCCAACAGGAGCUCCGGCAGCUUAAGAAAAAGGCCCAGAUCGUCCUGCCUUGGUGGUGUGUUUAUGUUGCAUGGUUUUUGGCUUUUGCUACUUCCAGCAUAUCCUCAUUCUUCAUUGUAUUUUAUGGACUGACUUAUGGCUAUGACAAGUCGAUGGAAUGGCUCUUUGCAUCUUUUUGUUCAUUCUGUCAGUCAGUGUUUCUGGUGCAGCCAUGUAAGAUUAUACUCUUGUCAGGCUUCAGAACAAAUAAACCCAAGUAUUGCAAAAACCUUUCGUGGUCAACCAUGUAUCAAUAUACUGAGAUCAGGCUGGGUGGAAUGAGUAAGCAUCCAGACGAAAGGCAGAGGAUACAUGACCAGAUUGUCCGAAUCCGAGGCACGAACAUGUACCGACCUCUCACAGAAGAUGAAAUCAGAAUAUUCAAAAGAAAGAAGAGGAUCAGCAGAAGAGCACUCCUGCUCCUGAGUUCCAUUCUAACUCAUUUUACCUUUCUGGCCCUUCUGUUGGUCCUUGUCAUGCUGCUAUAUCACACUGACACCUUCUACUACAACCAGUUUAUCCGUGAUCGGUUCUCUGUGGAUCUUGCUACUGUGACUAACCUGGAAGACAUCUACAGAUGGCUGCACAGCGUGCUGUUGCCUUUGUUACACAAUGACCUGAAUCCAACAUUUCUUCCUGAAAGCUCAUCUAAAAUCCUUGGCCUUCCAUUGAUGAGGCAAGUGAGAGCAAAAUCUAGUGGGAAAAUGUGUCUACCUGCCGAAAAGUUUGUGCAAAGCAGUAUCAGAAGAGAAAUUCAUUGUCAUCCCACAUAUGGCAUUGACCCAGAAGACACAAAAAACUAUUCUGGCUUUUGGAAUGGAGUUGAUCAGCAGGCUGUAGACGAGAGUAUCAGUGGAUUUACCUAUAAGCCUCAAGGAAAGCAAUGGCUGUAUUAUUCCUAUGGACUACUACACACUUACGGAUCUGGAGGCUAUGCAUUCUACUUUUUUCCAGAACAGCAGCAGUUUAAUUCCACACUGAGGCUCAGAGGACUUCAGGAAAGCAAUUGGCUUGAUGAGAAGACAUGGGCUGUGCUUUUGGAAUUAACGACUUUUAAUCCCGACGUAAAUCUGCUCUGCAGCAUUUCAGUCAUGUUCGAGGUCUCUCAGUUAGGAGUUGUCAACACAAGCGUCUCUCUACACUCUUUUUCUCUUGCUGAUUUCGACAGGAACACUUCAGCAGAAAUCUACUUAUACGUGGCCAUUCUCAUUCUUUUCUUAGCCUACAUUGUCGAUGAGGGUUAUAUCAUUAUUCAAGAAAGAGCCUCCUACGUGAGAAGUGUGUAUAAUUUGCUCAACUUGGCUUUAAAGUGCCUGUUCACUGUGUUGAUUGUGCUCUUCUCCAGGAAACAUUUCCUGGCCACGGGCAUAAUCCAGUUUUACUCGUCGAACCCUGAAGACUUCAUUCCUUUUCAUGCGGUUUCUCACGUAGAUCACGUCAUGAGGAUAAUUUUGGGUUUCCUGUUAUUUCUGACGAUUUUGAAGACCCUCAGGUAUUCCAGAUUCUUCUAUGAUGUGCGCCUGGCUCAGAGGGCCAUCCAGGCUGCCCUCCCUGGCAUCUGCCACAUGGCAUUUGCUGUGUCCGUGUAUUUCUUCGCAUACACGGCUUUCGGUUACCUGGUGUUCGGUCAGCAUGAAUGGAAUUACAGUAACUUGAUUCAUUCCACUCAGACAGUAUUUUCCUAUUGUGUCUCAGCUUUCCAGAACACUGACUUUUCCAAUAACAGGAUUCUGGGGGUCCUGUUCCUCUGGUCUUUCGUGCUGGUGAUGAUCUGCAUCUUGAUCAACUUAUUUCAGGCUGUAAUUCUGUCUGCCUAUGAGGAAAUGAAGCAGCCCGUGUAUGAGGAGCCCUCGGAGGAAGUGGAAGCCAUGACAUAUUUAUGUCGUAAACUGAGAACCAUAUUCAGCUUUCUGACCUCCCGAUCUAAGGCCAAAGACGAGCCUGAGUUCUUUACUGACAUGAUGUAUGGGCAGCCAGAGAAGAACAGCCGCCGUUUUCUGGGGUUGAAGACCAGAAAUAUCAAUGGGAAGAAAAUGGUUUACCUUGUUGUUUGAAUUAUGGUUUCAAGAGUCUCAAGUGAGCGUUUCCCCAAAUGCUGAGUCUAUGGGAUGAAGGGGAUUAGGAAGUGUCAGUGGCUUCAUCAGGCUUUCUACUCAUGUCCUUCACCUGGCACAUCCCCUACACUUGGAAUUACCUUCAGUCUUGGCCUCUGCUCUUGGGAGUGUGAGUUGUGGAGUGUAGCACCUGAGGAGCGAGGAGGGUCACAGCGUGAGGUUCCUGGACUGAUUUCCCUUUAGAGGGGAGUUAUGUGACUCGGGGUACAAGGGCAGCCCUGUUUCUUUGGUGUUAGCAGCAGUUUAGGUUUUGAGAAGCAGAUUUGAGAGAGGGACCUGGCCAGGGUGGUGCAUUGUCGGGUGUUUCUGGGCUUGACCCACGCUGGAAGCCGAUGGCCUGUUGCUCCAGCACCGAGCCCCAAACUCCUUGGCCUCGCUGGGAGGCCCCCUUGCAGACCAGGACUGCAGUCUCCCCUCUUCUUUGUUCCCCUGGGUUUAGGGCCUAGUGGGGAGUUCCAGGACUUACUUCCUGGAAGUGCUUGGGAACGCAGGAGUGGCGCUUCUCAUUUAUUCUUAAAGCUACUGCAAGUUAAAGUAAAAUUCAGUAACUUUUUCUGACCAAGAGACAUGUCUUGUUAAGCACCAAAAUGGUGCAUAUGGGUUCACAGUAACAUAUAGUAAGUGUUCUAUAUGCUGAAUAGAGCAACACAAGCAUCUAGGAUUUGGGCAUUUGAUUAUUUAUGGCGUGCUGGACCAUUUAGGGAUAAGGAAAAUGUGGCUUGUCACGUAACAGAAACAAGAGCCGGCAGCUGUACUAUUUUCAUUCAGAAGUAUGUGCAUUUAUGUAGAUGCCACCUUAAGCUUUCUCAGAAUUAAAUGUGAGAUCUCUUCUGUGAGCCUUGCAGUGAUUUCCGUGUGAGGGGCACAUACACGCAUAGCUCCUGCCCGCCAAGUGGAGGGCCGGAAAAGGGGGACAAUCAAAUGAGAUGGGUGGGUGCACCCACUUUGCUGUACCUGUCAUCCUCAGCUGCGCUGAAAUGAACAUAGCACACUAGGCCCCCGCAGGUACCAAUAGACACCUUCCAUCCUUUCCUUCAUGGAAAUGCCUAGCCCUGGGCAGAAUGUAGUUCUGUCUUACCUGUUGCCAGGUGAGAAGAUGAAGAGAUCUCAUGAUUCACUCAAGUCCUCACACAGUCAGCAAGGGUCAGAAGGUCAGAUGGGGGCUAGACGUUGUGGCUCACACCUGCAAUUCCAGCACUUUGGGAGGCCAAGGUGGGCAGAUUGCUUGAAGUCAGGAGUUCGAGACCAGCCAGGCCAACAUGGUGAAAUCCUGUCUAUACUAAAAAUACAAAUAUUAGCUGGACACGGUGGCGGGCACCUGUAGUUCCAGGUACUCAGGAGCCUGAGGCAGGAGAAUCACUUGAACCCAGGAGGCAGAGGUUGCAGUGAGCUGAGAUUACACCACUGCAUCCCAGACUGGGCAACAGAGCAAGACUCUAUCUCAAAAAAAAAGGUCAGAUGGAUUUUCUUUUUUCCCCUUUUUUUGAGAUAAAGUUUCGCUCUUGUUGCCCAAGUUGGAGUGCAAUGGCGUGAUCUUGGCUCCCUGCAACCUCCACCUCCCAGGUUCAAGCAACUCUCCUGCCUAAGCCUCUCGAGUAGCUGGGAUUACAGGUGCCCGCCACCACACCCAGCUAAUUUUUUUGUAUUUUUAGUACAAAUGGGGUUUCACCAUGUUAGCCAAGCUGGUCUCAAACUCCUGUCCUCAGGUCAUCUGCCUGCCUCAGCCUCCCAAAGUGCUGGGAUUACAGGCAUGAGCCACCGUGCCCUGCCCAGGUGGGGACUUUCUAACUCCCCUGGUGGGAAGGUCAUGGGGGUGGCCUGGCCCACUGGUUCUGACUGGGGCACAUGUUCUUGAGAUAGUGCCUCUCUUAACCACCUGACUUCAGAAUGGAUUGAGAAAAAGAGUCAGCAGGGGUCUAAAUAAUUACUUUUUACUGAUAGAGGCUGGCUGCAGUCAGGACAAAUGCACCUGCCCACUGAACUGCAGAAUAAGGGACCUCAAUCACCAGGUGCAGGCUAGCUGCAGAGACCUGCUCUUCAAGGCAGCAAAGACUGCUGGCAGGAGGGUGAGGCAGAGACACAGGCUAUCUGUAGGUUGGCAUCCCCAGGCCUUCUCCCCUAGUUUAGUAAUACGCUGAAGUCCCUGCCCCUUCCAAGGGGCUGACGGGGGUCGGGGUAGGCUAGUUGGCCUCCCUUCCUAGGAAGAAAGCACCAGGGGUGGAGGAGAAGGGUUUCCCACCAACACAGCUCGAGCUGUGCAGUGGGAAAGUGAGUUACGAAUGAGUCAGGGAGGGCCACAGUUGUAACCACAGGUGCCACACGGGCAGUCCCGGGGGCCCAGGAACGAGCACUGGAGGUGGUUUGAGUGAUGACCAGGGACAGCUGCUGUGGGGCCUGUCAAAUACGAUAAGGAUCUCAAUUUCUUGCCGAAAGUGAAAAGUCCAGCAGUCUCGGGACUUUUUUCCAGGCAUGCUGGGAAAGAGGAGAGAACAAGGGUUUUCCCUCUAACCUGAUAGAGCAAUGACAGGUAAUUACACAGUUUAGAAACAAGAAGAUGCCAGUUACAUUAUCAGGAGGACAAGGUAUCACGUAACAAACCAAAAUUCAGGUUUCUUCUGAAGAACGUUUUCACAGGACAUAGCAACAAUUUCUUUUUUGGGGGCGCAGGGACAGCUUCUUUUUGAGACGGAAUCUUGCUGUCACUGAGGUUGGAGUGCAGUGGUGAGAUCUUGGCUCACUGCAACCUCUGCCUCCCGGAUUCAAGCAAUCCUCAUGCCUUAGCCUCCCAAGUAGCUGGGAUUACAAGUGUGCACCACCAUGCCCAGUUAAUUUUUGUAUUUUCAGUAGAGAUGAGGUUUCACCAUGUUGGCCAGGCUGGUCUUGAACUCCUGACUUCAAGUGAUCUGCCUACCUUGGCCUCCCAAACUGCUGGGAUUAUAGGCGUGAGCCACUGUGCCCUGCAGGACAUAGCAACAAUUUCUAAAGGAGUCUUUUUUAUUUUUUGAGAUGGAGUCUUGCUCUGUUGCCCAGGCUGGAGGAUCUCAGCUCACUGCAACCUCCGUCCCCCGGUUCAAGCAAUUCUGGUACCUCAGCCUCCCGAGUAGCUGGGACUACAGGCAUGCCCCCACAAACACCUGGCUAAUUUUUUUUUUUUUUUAGUAGAGAGAGGGUUUCACCAUAGUUGGCCAGGCUGGUCUUAAACAUCUGGGCUUAAGUGCUGGGAUUAUAGGUGUGAGCCACCAUGCCCAGCCUAAAGGAGUCUAAGAUUCUUGUUCUCAUUAUGCUUCCAGGGAUAGGGUAGGCCUAUUCCAGAAUGAUUGGCUGUAGUCAUGAACACCCUCCCAGUUGUCUCUGUAGCACGGAACAAGAUGGAUAUUCCUGGUGUUGUUCUCAGUUUAGCCCCUUAUUAAUUCAGAGUAGUUGAACAAGUUUUACAUGCAAAGAAAGGUCUGUCGCUGUAGCUACAGAGAAGGGGAUAUAUGCCCUUCAUCUAUCUAAACUCUUUUGUUAAUUACGAAGACUUUGCAUUUUUAAGGGCUGCUUCUGGAAUUUCGUUAGUUAGCAUUAAAAACAAAAUGCAAGGCUUUAGACUUCUGUUACUGGCAGAAACGGAGAAGGGGACAAACAGGAUGAUAUUCAGUGAAGUGGGGUGCAUAAGGAGUUAUUCUUCCACAGUACCCCCUUUUGCUGCUAUUGGCAAUAUUUUAGCUCUAGAUGUUCAUCUGCAUUCAAUCCUUCUGAUUUUCAGCUUUUCUUUCAGUCUUCACCUAAAUACACAAUGUACAAUAUUUGAUAUUGUGAUAAUCUUUUAAGAUCACAUCUAUACAACAUUUUAUAAGUAAUGUCACAACAUAUAGGCAAUUAUUUUUCCCAGCGAGCCCACCCCUAGCACCUGUGGGGCCUAGGGCAGGACUACAAAUAGCUACAUAUCUAACUAGUUAAAAGCUUACAAACUGUUACAUAAAAUACUUAUAUCCAUCUACCUGGACAAAUACACCUUCAUAAACCAAUUCAAAAUUAUUUAUAAAACUAUGAUUUUAAUAUAGCUGAAAACUGGCAAAAUAUUAAAGAUAACUCAGUUUAAUUUUUUAUUGUGUACCUCUGGGUAUUCUGUCGACGGGCCGCUAAUGCUCGGAUGGGUAAUGAAGACAUAUAUAAUCCAUAAAUUACGUUAUUUCUUCCAUGAA